AUGAAUCAGUUCAAGUCGUUGCUGUACCUAAUGUUACUAGUCGUUGCACGUUGCUGCGCAAUAAAAUCAAUCAAAUGGUGGGCAUCUUGCAGCUAUGAAGUGAUCCUCCGCAAUUCAGCAGCAGCAAAGCAUCAAGUGAACGCGUACACUCUGGAUCCGUCGUCGGGCUUUGGGAUGGAUGUGCUAGACUUGCUGCUGCCCGCGCUAGAAACUAACGGAUCGUACAGCGUUAACCUUGCAGCCUACCCGAACACCAUCGACUACAAUCAGCGCAAUUUCGUCCUAAUAGUUACCGAUAGUUUGGCUUCCUUUGAUGAGAACCUUGGGCCAAUGAUUGAUAAAAACGUAGAAUUUCGGGGAUAUUUUCUGCUUCUGGUACACUCCUCGUAUGACGCCUCCGUGGCGAAAAUUCAAUACAUCCUGAAACGGUUGUGGGACUUUCGUGUCCAUAAUGUGCUGCUUGCGCUCGAGAGCACCUCCAAUGCCACAGUCGUAAAGGAUGAUGCCGGUGGUGGUAUUUUUGGAAUAGACCUUGUAAGCUACACUCCGUUCGGACCGGGAUGCUGCGGUUGUGCACGACCCUACAUCGUCGAUCGCUGCAUCGACGGCCGUUUAUCAAACGGAACCGCCGCGUUGUUCGAUCGGUUUGAACGCAAUUUGUACGGCUGCCAGCUGCGAAUCGCAGCCUUCGAGAGACCACCCUUCAUGCAGUUCACCAACGACACACCGCCGAAGCUGUCCGGCAUUGAAGGGGAUUUGAUUGAACUGCUUUCACAGAAGCUCAACUUUACCGUCACGAUCGUGGAACCACCGGAUGGGCAUGUCUGGGGUCGUAUCUAUCCGAACGGAACGACCAACGGUGCCAUGAAGCUGCUGAUGGAGAGCAGAGUGCAUCUCACACUCGGAAGAUAUUUUCCAUACCCACGACUGCUCGCCAAUACGACACAAUCCCACAGUUACUACAUCGCCGAUCUGGUGCUUGCCGUGCCGGAAGCCCUGGUCCCGGCCACCCCACUCGAGCAGCUGCUGAAACCAUUCCGGUGGAAAAUAUGGCUCCUGCUGGCACUCGAACUCGGCCUCGGUUUCGGUGCACUAUUUGUGUUUGGGGGUAAUAAUAUUGCUCUCGACUUCUGGCGAACGUUCCUCGGCGAAUCUCUCCCCGCCCUGCCACGCGUGGCAACAAAACGUUUUAUGUUAAUGCUCUGGAUUCUGCACACAACGUUAUUGCGCGAAUGCUACAAAGGAGCGCUGGUCGGCUUCCUGACCGAGCCCACACCGCUGAACGAUAUUCACAGCAUCGAUGCGCUGCUCGACGCCGGCUACCGGUUUGCGAUGACCGAAACGGUGUACCACAAAGUGUUCCACGAAUCGUCGAAGAUCGACCACCGGUUGGUGCUGGUCGAGCCGUCCGACGGGCAGUACCUGCUGCAGCGCACACUGCAGUCCGGCGAGCGGCUGGCCAUCGCGAACACGCGCGAAGAAAUUGCCCUUUUCAACGGUCGGAACCGUUCCGUCAUCAACUACCGCACGUCGGACGAGCAGCUGCUCACGUUCCACUUCUGCAUGUACUUCAAACGCUCCAGCCCGGUGGUAACGGCAUUCGACUGGUACAUCCGCCGCAUCCUAGCGACCGGGUACAUAACACGCUGGUACACGACCAACGUCGACUUGCAGUUUCUGCGGCCGACGCUAGCAAAUAGCGGCCAGGCCGAGGUUCUCACCAUGCGACAUUUGCAAGGCUGCUAUGUGUUGCUUCUUGGUGGGCUAAUUGUUUCUGGUUUCAUUUCCUCUGGUAAGCCCAAUAAAUUCGAACAUACCAUGGCAGAAGGAUUUCAGUCUUUCACCACCAGCCGUCCCGAUAUCGCUAAACCUCUAGGCAAGAGACAAACGUGCUGUCAGUAUAACAAACCAGUGAUUCUCAGUGAGCCACAACUCGCAAUGGAAACCGUUCAACUGUUCACGGUGAUGGGGCAACGUGUGGCAAAGUUCCCGCAAGCGCAGCAGAAAGAAAUUAUCGAAAAUGUGCUUAAGAUGAUCAACGACACCAAGCGGAUGAACGAGAGCGCAAGACUUACCCAGGGCGAGUUCCAGCGACCACCGCAGUACAAUCUUACCAAAAGUGUCUCCCAGUACGGCGCACCAUCCAGAGGAUCGUCGACGGCAUCCCCUCUCACCUCGUCGCCGUCUUAUAUCCUGUAA